CGUGUCAGUCCUCGCUGGGCAGCCGCCCCUCUCUUCUGCCGCGGCCUGUUUCAGCGGGGCUCUACACCGGCCCCUGACUCGGGGAGGCCCGGGGCGGACCAGGGCACUGCUGUCACCGCAUCCAGAGCUGAGCCGACACAUGAUCAGAGUAAUGAGCUGUGGUGGGACUUUGUGAAGUUCUUUAGGAUUGGAGACACGGCUUCAGGGGACGUUCACACUCGCCGCCACGCCGAGAAGAACGCGGACAGAUUGAUUGACAUCUCUUCCUUAUUCUAACACCCUCUGCGUUAUAAUACCGGUUCUUCAGCCCUUUGUGAAGCUCCUACUCUGUGCCAAGUUCUCGGGGUAUAGCAGUGAACAAGAGAGAUGCAGACUUUUCACCUGCAGAAUUUAUGGUGCAGGGACAGUUUUCUCUAACCUUGCUGAAAUAGGCCUGGACAAGUCAGUAAUUUUCUUCAGUCAUCUCAUAUUUAAAGUCUGCAGCUGAGAUCUGAAAGAUGACUACUGAAGAUCACAAGCUAGUCUCUGAUGCAUAGUUUUAAAAACUUUUUUUUUAAAAAAAUACGUUUUCGCUUUAUUUUUAUUUGUUUGAGAAUGAUAGGCAGAAAACGAACUCCUGAUAGAAACGAACUCCAGACGCAUGCGCCACCUUGUGCGUCUGGCUUAAAUGGGUCCUGAGGAGUCGAGCCUCGGACGGGGUCCUUAGGCUUCAAAGUGGCUUUCUGACAGGAAGAAGAGAGCCCUGCAGAAGAAAGAUGUCGAUGUUCGUAGGAGGAUUGAACUUAUUCAGGAUUUUGAAAUGCCUACUGUGUGUACCACUAUUAAGGUGUCAAAAGAUGGACAGUAUAUUUUAGCAACAGGAACUUAUAAACCUCGGGUUCGAUGUUAUGACACCUAUCAAUUGUCCUUGAAGUUUGAACGGUGUUUAGAUUCCGAAGUUGUCACCUUUGAAAUAUUAUCUGAUGACUAUUCAAAGGUUGUCUUCUUACACAAUGAUAGAUACAUUGAAUUUCAUUCACAGUCAGGUUUUUACUACAAGACCAGAAUACCUAAGUUCGGCAGAGAUUUCUCUUACCACUAUCCAUCCUGUGACUUGUACUUCGUUGGUGCAAGCUCUGAAGUUUAUAGACUAAACUUAGAACAAGGACGGUACCUGAAUCCUUUACAAACUGAUGCCGUGGAGAACAAUGUUUGUGACAUAAAUUCAGCACAUGGCUUGUUUGCCACAGGAACAAUUGAGGGUCGAGUGGAAUGCUGGGACCCAAGAGUAAGAAACAGAGUUGGGAUGUUAGACUGCGCAUUAAGUAGUGUCACAGCAGACUCAGAGCUAAACAGUUUACCAACCAUCUCUGCUCUGAAGUUUAAUGGCGCCUUAACCAUGGCAGUUGGGACAUCAACAGGGCAGGUUUUAUUAUAUGAUCUUCGAUCUGAUAAGCCAUUGCUAGUUAAAGAUCAUCAAUAUGGACUGCCAAUUAAGUCAGUUCAUUUCCAGGACUCAUUAGAUUUGAUUCUGUCUGCAGAUUCUAGGAUCAUCAAAAUGUGGAAUAAGAACUCAGGAAAGAUAUUUACCUCCUUGGAGCCUGAGCAUGACCUAAAUGAUGUUUGCCUCUAUCCCAACUCAGGAAUGCUUCUAACUGCCAACGAAACCCCCAAGAUGGGCAUCUAUUACAUUCCGGUUCUGGGUCCUGCUCCCAGGUGGUGUUCCUUCCUGGACAACUUAACAGAAGAGUUGGAAGAGAAUCCAGAGAGUACCGUGUAUGAUGAUUACAAAUUUGUCACCAAGAAAGACCUUGAAAAUUUAGGGCUCACACAUCUCAUUGGAUCACCUUUUCUCCGGGCAUAUAUGCAUGGAUUUUUCAUGGAUAUAAGACUCUACCAUAAGGUAAAACUGAUGGUAAAUCCAUUUGCUUAUGAAGAAUAUAGGAAAGAUAAAAUUCGACAGAAGAUAGAAGAAACUCGUGCACAGAGAGUCCAGUUAAAGAAAUUGCCAAAAGUUAACAAAGAACUGGCACUUAAAUUAAUUGAGGAAGAAGAAGAAAAACAAAAAUCUACAUUGAAAAAGAAAGUCAAGAAUCUUCCUAACAUUCUCACCGAUGAUCGGUUCAAAGUUAUGUUUGAGAACCCUGACUUCCAAGUAGAUGAAGAAAGCGAAGAAUUUAGGCUUUUGAAUCCACUUGUUUCAAAAAUUAGUGAAAAAAGGAAGAAGAAACUUAGACUUUUAGAGCAACAAGAACUUCAUGAAAAAGAAGAGGAGGAAGAACCGGAAGGAAAACCAAGUGAUGCAGAAAGUUCAGAGAGUUCAGAUGAUGAAAAAGACUGGGUUGAAGAGGUCAGGAAGCAGCGCAGACUUCUGCAACAGGAACAGAAAAUGAAGCGGCAGGAACAACUGAAGGAGGACCAGCAUACGGUCCUGAAGCCCCAGUUCUAUGAGAUCAAAGCAGGAGAAGAGUUCAGAAGCUUCAGAGAUUCUGCCACAAAGCAGAAACUGAUGAACAAAACUCUUGAAGAUCGCUUGAAACUUGAAGCAAAAAAUGGAACAUUGAGUGUAUCAGACACCACUGUUGGCAGCAAGCAGUUAACAUUCACACUCAAGAGGUCGGAACAACAAAAGAAGCAACAGGAGGCUGAGAAGCUACAUCGUCAAGAGAGGAAGAAGCUCCGCCGUUCUGCUGGCCACCUGAGGUCCAAACCCAGAGGAGGCCGGCCCUUUCACUGAAGGGGACACAGGACUGCAUGGCCCCGGAAACUGCAAUGCUCUCUGAUCCUCAGGAGGGUAUCUGACCCAAACGAGGGAAUACCUGGCUUUAAGUUCCACAUGGAUUCUUACACGUGAAGGUGAAUGUCUGGAACCUGGGCCACUGCCUCAUCCUCAGUGGUCCUAGUUAGUCCUAAGGGUGCUUUUGCUAAGUUGUUCCUCCCUUAUAAAUACUGUCCUUUUUCCCACCAAUAGGUUAAACCAGGUCAUCAUUUUCUAAUAUUGUGGAAGGAGUACCAUGAAAUGAAAUAUUUAUCCCAUGCUAAAAACAAGAACUUACCAUGUUCUGGGAAUUUCUCUUUUUUGCAGUGCCUACUGCCAGCCAAAAUUAAACCAUCCUGAAGUCCUCCCCUGUUAUACCCAAGGCUUGCUAAUUGACCUUGCUUGUGUCUAUACAUUUAUGUUGACAGCUUUGUUUGCUUGCUUCAGUAUUACAUGGGGAUUUUUAAACUAUUUUUAUACUAACAGUAUAAAUUAUUGGUAAUAAUAAUAAAAACAUUAAAUGGAAA